AUGCCGCCGACCAUCGUGCUCAUCCGCCAUGCCCAGGCGCUGCACAAUCGUUUCGCCGAUGAGACUGAUGCAAUCAUCAUCGUGAGCCCCAUGAGACGCACGAUCCAGACAGCCCUUCUCUCCUUGGAUUGGCUGAUCAAGAAAGGGGUGCCGAUUCAAGCCGACGCUCGAUGGCAAGGCAGCACUAUCGCAGAUUUGAAGGUCGAAUUUCCUGGUGUUGACUUUUCCACUGUAGAUCCCAUCUACCCGAACAAAACACUUCCUGCCGGCGCCCUAUAUGCUUUCAACAGGGAAGCUAUACUCGGCCGAGGUCAGUCAGGCUUGCAGAACGUCUAUGAACGCAAGGAGAAGCUUGUCUUCAUUGUCUCUCACUCUGGGUUCCUCCGCGCCGGCGUGACGGGAUAUUGGUUCUUCAACGCAGACUAUAGGAUCUUCGAGUUUGAAAAGAGCGGAACGCCAGGGAAGUCUUACCAGCUCCAACAAGUUGAAUCAACCCUAAGUGGUGGUCUUGGCAAGUCGAGGACGGAACCUGUAGUCAUAGGCUCGGAAUUACCGCCAGCUUCGGAGACUCCCCCACAAGCCUGGCAUUUGAGGCACGAGAAGUCAAAUGUCGAUUAUGACACCCGCCAAAGGAUCCAUAUACUUGGGGUACCGCAAGCAUGCAUCGCAGCGGUCUCAACCACAGGAAAUCAACAGGAGGCCUAG